CAGAAAACCAAAACAACCAGACAGUCACAGCUCCAGUUCCUCAUGAGUCGGGGCUCCACUUUCAGUGUUUCACUUCCUUCCAAGCACAUUCGUUCUGCGGUCAGAAACAGUUUGCCAUUGUUUUACUGUGUCUGUAUAUUUAUAAUUGAAACAUUAUAUCAGCACCGCCGCUGUGUGUAGACGUCCGUUCUUCGCACGUUAGUCCACAUUUCGGGUUUAUAACAUUCGCUGACACAGCAAACCUGUGAUGAGCUGAGGACACCAGGAAGGAACUCUUCAAAAGUCAGUUUGGUCAUGAAAGUUGAGAAGCUUUAGAUGCAAGUUUGAGGUAACAUGGAUGACGACUGCAGGCCUUUGCUGAGCUCAGAGCUGCCCGGAGAGAGCUACUCACACAGAGGCUCCACAGACUCGCUGGACUUCAAGCCUAAAAGGCCUUUCCACGUAGAGCCCAGAAACAUCGUAGAUGAUGACCCACAGGAGAGAGUCUCUGCUGAGGCUGCCAUUCUCAACAGCAGAGUCCAUUACUACGGCAGGUUGACGGGCUCUUCUGACCGUCUGCUAAGUCCUCCAAACCAUGUGAUCCCUGGGCCAGAAGAGAUCUAUGUCUACAGCCCACUUGGUACAGCUUUCAAGGUGUCUGGCACUGACCACACCUCUAGAAACCCCAGUAUCAUCACCAUAUUUGCUAUAUGGAACACAAUGAUGGGCACAUCUAUCCUCAGCAUACCUUGGGGUAUAAAGCAGGCUGGUUUCACUCUGGGGAUCCUCAUUCUCAUCUCUACAGGUCUGCUGAUGCUCUAUUGUUGUUACAUCGUCCUCAAAUCACGAAAGGCAAUACCCUACGUGGACACAUCUGACUGGGAAUUCCCUGAUGUGUGUAGAUAUUACUUUGGAAAGUUUGGCCAGUGGUCCAGCUUGUUCUUCUCGAUGGUGUCCCUGAUUGGUGCCAUGGUCGUUUAUUGGGUCCUCAUGUCCAAUUUCCUCUUCAACACAGGACAGUUUAUCUACAACUAUGCUCACAAUGUCAACGUGUCAGAUUCUGAGUUUGGAACCAAUGGCUCUGAUAAAGUCAUCUGUCCAUACCCGAACACUGACCCUGAAGGAAACUCUACUAUCAGCACACUCUACGUUGGCAACAGUGGAAAUGAUACUGAUGUCAACUCUUUUGAACACUGGUGGAGUAAAACCAACACCGUUCCCCUCUACCUGAUCAUCCUGCUGCUGCCACUGCUCUGCUUCCGCUCAGCCUCCUUCUUUGCGAGGUUCACCUUCUUGGGCACUAUAUCAGUGGUCUACCUGAUUACGCUAGUCACUAUUAAGGCUGUCCACCUGGGCUUCCACCUGGAGUUUCACUGGUUUGACACAACCCAGUUCUACGUUCCAGAGUUCAGAUUGUUCUUUCCUCAGCUGACCGGUGUCCUUACUCUGGCCUUCUUCAUUCACAACUGCAUCAUCACAUUAAUGAAGAGCAACAGGCACCAAGAGAACAAUGUGCGGGACCUGUCCGUGGCUUAUCUUCUCGUAGGGCUGACCUAUCUGUAUGUGGGAGUGUUGAUCUUUGCUGCCUUUCCUUCUCCACCUCUCUUCAAAGACUGCAUUGAGCCAAACUUCUUAGAUAACUUCCCCAGCAGUGAUGUGAUGGUGUUUGUAGCUCGGACCUUCUUGCUGUUCCAGAUGAUCACAGUCUACCCCCUGUUGGGAUACUUGGUGCGGGUCCAGAUGAUGGGCCAGAUAUUUGGUAGUCAUUACCCCAGUUUCUUCCAUGUUCUGACUCUGAACAUCUUAAUUGUUGGAGCUGGUGUCCUGAUGGCCAAGUUUUACCCCAAUAUUGGAUCCAUCAUUAGGUUUUCCGGAGCAACAUGUGGUUUGGCUCUAGUGUUUGUCUUUCCUGCCUUAGUCCACAUGAUCUCCCUGAGAAGGCAGGGGAUACUCCGCUGGCCGUCAGCCCUCUUCCACAGUUUCCUGAUUGUGCUAGGCGUAGCUAACCUGCUAGCUCAAUUCUUCAUGUAGAGAUGCAGUGAGACACAGACACUCUCAACCAUUCAGAAGCAUUUCCAUCCCACCUUUCCCACCAGAUGGUAAUCUCUGAAAGUAGAUGUCCAAAACAUCUACAUAAUAUACAUAUCAUGCAUAAUAUGUAUAAUGCCAUUUAUGUCAUGGCCACCAGAAAAAUGCCCAGAUAAACUAUAGCAUUCUCCAGCCAAGCAGAUGUCAUCACUGUUUUGUAGUAUAACAUUACACAUCAGACACUUUGUUUUGUUAGAAUAUUUGUGAUUUGUAAUGGUGUAAGUUUUAUCAGAAUCACUGGAUUUCAUUGUCUUGAUUUGAUGAUAGCAUUAUUUAAUUUUUUUCCCUCAAGCAAUCCAGCCAUUGAUCAUUCAGUGAUACAAUCUUGCUUUUAGAUCAUUUCCUACAUUAUGUUGAUUAUUGAUUAUACCUGCCUAAAUGGAUUCUAGACCUGCCCAAAAAUGCCAUUGAUAACAUCAGCAACAAGUUUGCAGGUACAUUUGUAAUGUGGGGUCACGAUUAAGAGAGAUAACACAACUGCUGGAAUGUUAAUUUAAUUGUGUUAAAUCUCUGUUUUUAUGUAGUUUCAGACAACAUCUCAGUCAAACAAUGCUAUAAAAUUUUGAGUCGACAAUUAUUAACAAUAAUAUUGAAUCAAUGACACCCUUCGUGUUGAACCUACAGAGAUUUAUCAACAGAAUCUUCACCUCUUUUCACAGAGCUCAGUAUUGAAUUUCAGAUUAUCAUUUUGCUGUCUGACCUUAGCCUCACUGUUUGGGUUUUCCUAUUGCUUUUGCUGAAUUGUUUUAGUCCACCGCAGGCAGCUGUUUUUAGAGAAAAGGCUCCAAAAGAACAUUUUACACUGCCUGCUCAGCGCCAAAUGGCAGAAGGAAUAGUUAGGUUCUAACUAGUCAACACAAUGGACUUUGGGUCAGAUCGUUCCCCCAGGAGUUUUUGGAGACCAAAAAUAGUCUAAUAUUCACUCUCUUUUAGCCCUAAGUCUUAUCAGGUAGACACAAAUAUAAAUCAAAAGAAUGACCAUGUUGCUUAGUAACUGCUCCAAAUAAGCAACUUUCUGGUAACAAGUUCAACACAUCAACUUAAAAGGUGAUGAAUAUGCCAUGGUCACAACUUGUUUCCACCGCACUCAAGGCGACUAUGAAUAUGAAGAAUAUGUUACUGCAGGUUUAAAUUUCGUACAUUAAAGGCUUUACAGGCAGAUUUUUAUGACUGUGUGGUGUAGGGAAUAUAUUAAUAGAUUUGUGAUUGUAUAAACAAUUCAAACAUCAUAUUUUUUGAAGCAACUUUUGGCACAGUCUUUAAAUUUGUACGAGUUGUGUUGAUUUACACUGUUGACAUGUUUACAUUUUGCUUAUUUUCUGGGUACUGUGCCUAAUGUAAUGUAUUGUAUUUUACUAAUUAUAAGGUAAAAAAGGGGAAUAUUUAAAUGAAAAUAAACCAUUUCAGUCAAAAAGAA